GGCCCUUGUGGAAGGUCGUUUUUCUGGAUAUCUGGACGCGCGCAAUAUCGUCAUCUCGACGUAGAGUGGAAUUUCGCGCGAAAUAUUUUUUUUUCGAAAGUAUUUUUUUUGUUUGUGGUUUUUAGUGAGAUUAAUUUGCUGGAUUUUUUUAAAGACUUUAAUCGAAUGAGAUUCGGAUCUACUGAUACAUGUCAGUAGUUAUACUAUUAAAUGGAGUGUAUCACGACGAUUGUCUUCAAAGAUAUUAAAUAUAAUCCGGUCUCCAUCAACAGAUUAAAUAUUGCUAAGAAACCUGUUCGACCAAGGAACUUUUGAUAAUGCUGUUAGGGAAUGCAGAAAUAGGUUGAGUGUGAUGUUCACCCUCGGUAUGCUCCUGAGUUGCAUCUUUAUCACGAAUACACGCCUGGAAGAACAGGGUAUCGGUUCAAAUCUGAUAGACACCGCAUCGGGUGAUUUUUCCGACUUUGACCAGUACGCAGUCACAUGCUACAUUUGCGUCAACGUAUCCGAUAAUAUAAUUUGUAACCAAUUCGCCAUAGAUAGACCUUGUAAACCUGGUGAAACAUUUUGCCAUACUCUUCACAUAAUGGAUUCAAAAGGAACGAGCGUACUGGUUAAUAAGAAGUGCACCACCGAAAAAGAGUGUCAAAGAAAUAAAGUGGGAUGUGUGGAAAUUGACGCCCAAAUGAUGUGCAUUUCCUGUUGCGACCAGAACUACUGCAACGUCAACGUGCCAACCAACAGUUCGACGGCGAAUUUCGACGACAAGAUCACGAAAAUGCGCAUGCUCGCCAAAAACCUGUUCCGUGGCCAGGAGAAAGCGCUGACCACGUCCGUGAAACAGGUGAACGGGGCGUGGCCAAGCGGACAAUAUACUGUGGGCGUGGCCUGGCUCACGUGGUGCGUCUCGUGUCUUGUGAUAGGUUGUCGUUAGGGGCGGGGUAUAAUAAGGGCGUGUUAUAUAGGAAAUCAUUUGUAUAUUAAUACUUAAGCUUCAACCGACAUUAUUUUUAUUUAUCUUAUCUAUAACAGAUUUUAUCGUAACAUAUGAUAAAAUAGAUCUAUAGUAAUAAGUGUAAAACGCAAAGUAAGCUAAUGUAUAUAUGUUUUUUUAAGACCUGUACUUUUAUUUUUAAAUUUUGUAGUAAAAACUAUGUCAAAAUUGGCUAUUUCCAAACAAUUGGGCGUGGUCAAGUGGUUUAUUAAUUGUUAUAGGUUGUGGUUAAGGGCACUUACAGCUCCAACCAUUAUUGUUUAUACUUAUCAAUGUUAUAUUUUAUUGUAACUUAUGAUAAAAUAAGCUUCAUUCAGAACCUCGAAAUUAGUGGAAUAAAUUAGUGGUUUCAAUUAGCGUAGAAGUUUGUUCCUCUAAUAUCAAUGUAAGUAUUCACAACGUCAAAACUAGAAAUAGUAAUCUUCAAUUAGUGGAAAAAGUUAACAAACUUUUAACUUUUCCACUAAUUAUACUUCAAAAUUUGCAAGGAAUGUCAUUUUCGCAUUUGAUUAUCAACCGUCAAGAGAAAUGGUGAUUAGAAAUCAAAAGUUUAUUAUUUUAUAAGAUAA